GCGAUGCUGGCCCUGCCGGCCCUGCUGGCCCUGCUGCCCGCCCGCAGCCCCGCGGGCUCGGCCCGCCGCUCCGCCCGCACCAGGUCUGUGAGUCAAGUGUGUGUGGAAAAGUCACUCAUUUUCAGAAGUAACACCCCUUAUCCUACAGACAUCAUUGCUGUCCCUGGUGGACACGAUCUGUUCUGUGUACAACUGAAUGACUCAAAGUUGAACUAUUUCCAACAGCCCCAGGAUAUCAAAGAAUCUGAUUUUAUGAAGUUCUUAGAGAAGUAUGGCAGACACUCUUUCAUAGCCCCAUCACAAGUCCAGCCAUUGUUCUCUGCUUUUUACCGUGCUGGUGAUCCAAUCCUAAUCUACUUUGAUUCAUCAUCUGUACUGAGCACGCUCAGCCAGCCAGUAAAAAUGGGAGCCAGUGGACUUUGUGUUGAUGGAAAUCCUGCUGGCUUCCUGGACAGUAAAAGUACAAGCUGUACUCGGAUUUUUGCCGAUUUGAGCAAGAGCUGCGUGACUGACCCUGCCCUCAAUGCUGCCUCUUACUACCAGGAUUUCACUGUGCUGAAGGUCCCAGUUAGUGGCACCAUUGUGCAGUCCAUGAAGGUAAAUGUCACUGCAGUUGCACCGCCUGGAGCUCCCCAGAUGAGAGACAACACAUGUAUCAACGUGGUUUCGGAGGUGAUCUAUGAGAUAGAAUACAGUGGCACGAGUGGGAUUCAGAGUGUUUCUGUCCAGUUCAAAGUGAGCAACAUCUCUGGGAACGUUGGAUCCUCUCUGCAGCAGCACUUCACCUUGCACUUCUGGACCAAGACCCUCUCUCGUACGUUGCCCAGAAGUGGAAACCCUGGCUAUAUCACUGGAGCACCACUGUUAAUUGCGAACAGUGGUGCCAUGCAGCAUAUGAGCAUCUUACAGAGUGAAAGUGAUGGGAGUUGCUCACAGUUCCUCAGACACACAGUGCAGUUCAGGAGGAACAUGAGAACAGGCUGCAACCUCAGCCUAUCCCCGUUACUGGAAGAGAGUAACUGCAGUUACGUCCAGCAGAAGUUAUACAAGGCUUUUCAGGGGAUGAACAAAACAGAGGCCCUUGCUAUGAUUGGCAGUGCUCAUUCAACCCAGACGGAAGAGUGGACAACCAUUCUGGUUCAGAGCUGCAGUGUGCAGGCUGUGAAUUGCUCUUCCUGUUGUGUGGUUCCUGUGACCCUGGAGAUUCAGAUACUGUGGACUAAAGUGGGCCUCCUGUCCAACCCCCAAGCUCAAAUACUGGGUGCACGAUACUUUUACCAGUGUCGCCCCCUGAAGCUCCUGAGCACACAGACAGUACCUGUGACAACUGUCGUUACCUUCACUGACAUGACAGAGUGGCCAGAACCACCCCGGGGCCAGCCCCAAAGGCACUGGAAACUCCCAUUUGACAUCUUUUUCCCAUUCAAGGUGGCACUGAAUUUAGAAAGCAGUUACAGAGUUGAUCUGACUGGCUGUUUUUUGUUUAUUCUAAUAAUUUCUGGUAUUCUCUGCUUUUGAAAAAUAGGUGAAGCCUGUACUUAAAAUCAGUAAGUGAAUUGGUACAUUCCGAAUAUGACCCAGGAAGUUGUUGGAUGAAAGUAUGUUUUUUAGCAAAAUUAUCUUAAAUUCUUCAGAAGAUGGAAAAAUCUGCCCCAUACGAUGCCAGGUACUCAAGUGGAAUCAGUAGGGGGCAGGAUGAUCAGAGCCUCUUGUUAAUAAAAUGUAUUGGUUGCUUUUGUACAUAAACUGCGUGUAGCAAAUUUGUUGCUCUCCCUCAUUACAAUCUUUUAAAAAAGGGUGCAAAAAUAAGCUGAAAACCUUGUAAUUA